UUUUUUUUCUCUCUUGCAGGAGAGCACAACCUGGAGGUGAAUGAAGGCAAUGAGCGAAUCCAUAACGUCAGUCAAAUACACAUUCAUUCAAGGUACUCCCAGGCUACCUUUGAGAAUGACAUUGCGCUCUUGAAGUUAGAGACACCAAUUGAGUUUAACAACUUCAGCAUUCCCAUCUGUCUUCCUGAAACAGACUUUGCUGAAUUCUUUUUAAUGAACGCCGAAUAUGGGGCCAUUAGUGGAUGGAAACUGAGGCAGGGCCGUGUCGACCACCCUGUUCUUUUCAGCGUCCCGUAUGUUCCUUUUAUCAAACAUUCCAAAUGCGUGGGCUUGCAGCACUUCCCUGUUGUACACCGAAUGUUUUGCGCAGGUCUAGAAGAACUGGCAGACCCACUGUGUUACUUAACCAGAGGAAGCCCCUUUGUCACAAAGUAUAGGGACGUCUGGUAUAUGACAGGCAUGAGUUUAGGAGUGGGAGACCAUGACUGCAAUGUGAUACCUGUUUAUACAAAGGUAUCAAGAUACAUCAACUGGAUUAAAACAAAAAUGACCCAAUCGUCCUGAGGACUCUAGCUGUGCACCUGAUGUUAAUGCAACUUCAGGAUGUAUUUUUGUUACUAAUGCUCCUAUCGAUGGAGUUGAUAUUCCGAAAGCAUAGUCAUGAUUAAAAACCGAUUACUGACUCAA